AUGUCCGACUGGAUUCCAAUCACUAUCGAUAUCCCACUUCUUGGAUCAAUCACCUCUGAAGUACCUGAUGCCACUACAAUACACGAGGUCAUUGAUCAAGCUUUCCUAGAGGCUGAAGAGAUUUUUGGUGAAGAUCAAUUGGUAGAGGCGUUGCGAGAGACCAAUGAACUAAGUUGGAAAGGUUUGCAUUCUGGAAAUGAUUGGAGCUUGAGGGAGAAUAGGGUCGUUAGGCAAGGGAAAUGGUGGGAUGAAGAAGAGAUCAUAAAUUACAAAGAUGCGUUGUUACAACCUACCGACAUAAUAACACCCACAAUCAAUACUUUCAGUCUGGUCAGACCACAUACUCCUCUUCUUACCGUUUCAAUCUAUUUACCAACCACGACCUCGACCAAAGCUCUGUGGACGAAGAUACCAUUUAAACCAUCAUCUUGCUUUGGUGAUAUCAUGUUAUCUCUAGAAACUGAAUUAGGUUUACCAAUAUUUAGCGAUGACCUUCUUGGUGCAGCUUCCAUAAAAAAAUUAGGAAAACGCUCAAGGUCCAACUCAUCGAUGAGUCUGCCAGAAAGCGAAGCAAGCGCAAAUGAUAAAAUCGUUUGGAAGAUGGUCGUUUCAGGGAGGAAAGUGGAGUUGCAUAGCAAUGUCAUGUCAACGAUGAUAGGGCCGGGAAGAAAUGUGAUGGAGAUGAGCAUGGAUGACGAUUGGCUAUUUGAGAAGAAAGACAAGAACGAUAUCGAUCUUAUAGGGACGCCUCAAAGCUCUGCAGUAGACAAGAGUGAACAUGGAUCAACCAUCAAGGCCUCAGCUUCUCAACCGGGACUAAGUCUCAAAAAAUCACUUAAUUCACCUUCAACGCCGUCAACGUCUACAAGAAGCGAAGCGGAGCAUCUAUCGAAAGCCCUCGAGGAUAUCACCUACUCCCCAUCCACUAUAUUAUCAGCAUCACUCGGGGCUAACGAUGGUUUGCCGUCUUUGAGAAGCGAUAGUACAGCUCUAUUCAAUGGCGUUAAUGAAUUAUCGAGAUCUUUGAGAAAUACUAGCCCAACUACAGAGAAUGUCAAAGCUUUAGCUUCAGCCUUCAUGGGGAACAAGAUGAUGAAAGAGCAAGUGAAUAAACAGCAGACUCGAUGGAAGUCGAGGAGGGGUCCGGACGUCGUUGUAGAAUCACAUAGUGCUCAUUUGGGUGUCCUCAAUACACCCGCUUCCUCUCGAGAGACCGUCACUCCCAGCCGGAACCAUACGCCCACACCGUCCACACCUCCACCCGUACAGGCGAUAUCACCACCUCGACCUACGACCUUCAUUUCCCUCUCGACGGGUACAAGUGCGGGAAUAUCUCGCUUGUUGCCCCAGAUUACAGGUUCUCCAUCUUCAGGUACGGGCUCAAAUCCUACUACUCCUCAGAGAGGAGAUGGAGUCGGGUGGAAACGGUUCUCUCUUGCUGGGCUAGGCACAUGGGGUCAGCCGUCCGAGAGUAUAAGUGAGGAUUCUAAGUCCCAAGAGAAUGAACAAGAUGUGAUAACUCCUAAAGCUGAGUACAGCGCCGCAGAAAGAGCUUUGGGGGAGGUAACACCGUUAAAAUCGUUGGAGAAGCAAAGUACCGGUGGUCUGUGGGCUUGGUGGACUGGACUUUCGAGAGCUGAGGAAGGUAGUCCUUCCCUGCAUAUUGACACGCUGAGACACUCGAGGAAAAGUCCCCAAUCUCUGCUUAAACAUAUAAUUACCUUGCGAGUCACCUUAUCAACUGCCCAGCCAUUGUGGGUCAGCAAUUUCAUCCUGUUGGAUGGUCUAUCCGCUAUCGCAGUGGUCUUACAAAAACAAGUGAAAGAGACUAGACAAUUGGGAGACAUAGGAGAACAGACCAUUAGUGAAAUUGGGAAAUGUCUACGAAUUCUGCUGAAUACAGACGUGGGAUUUUCGGGUGUGCUCAAUCACCCUGAACUACUGAACAAUGUGGUCCUUUCUCUUCGCACUCCAAGCUUGAAAGUCAGGAGUCAGAACGUCGAUCUCUUGGCCGCUCUCGUCAUUUUGUCACCCGAGCCUGGCUUCCGGCUGGUUCUGGAUGGAAUAUCGGAGCUUUCACUUGCGAACAAGGAUGAAUAUCGAUUCUCCUGGCUUAUCAAUAGUAUGAAGCCACUUGACGGAGAGGAAGAUGUAGCUUUAUGGGAGUGGCGUACUGGCGCACUAGCACUUUGUAGCGCAUUAUGUAAUGCAAGUGAAGAAGUGGAAGAAAGACUUGAGCUUCGCGGGGAACUCAAACGACGUGGCUUAUCUGCUAUUCUUGAAGAGUUGGCAGGAUCCGAAACUCCGCCAAACUUCCUGAAUCAAUGUACACUUUAUCAGGAUGAUCAACAAGACGAUCUUAUGGAAUUCAGGGAAAUGUUUUUGGGUGAACUGCAAAAUGCUGAUCUAGCAGUCGCUGUCGGCAGAUUGCUUAACAGAAUUGGAGGUGAUCAUGUACUGGGCCUCGUAGAGAUUAUAGAAGAGCUGAGUGAUCUUGUCACUUCUGAGCCAAUCAGGAAUGAGCUGUGUCUGGUAUUGGCAUGCCUCGCUAGACAUCUCUGUAAUCUGGAAUACUUAUCGGUAGAUUGGUCCUCCAUCUUUCGCUCGUUCUUGGUGGAUUUAAACGACAUUCUUCCAAUCUCUGAUGAGGGUCAAAAGGGAAUUACUGAAGGAUCACUCAUCGAGUCAUUCGUAAAGGAACUGCAUGCUCUACAAUCACAAAUUAGAAUAGUUGACGAAAAGAAUGUUUUUCUUGAGAAGGAGAGAGCAGCGCAAGUAGCGGAAUUGACCGUCUUGCGGGAAGUGAAUGGAGAGAAAUAUGAUGGAGAGGGCAUCAUUCAUCAUCUAGUUGUGAAAGAGAAGGAAAUUCGGAGACUACAGUCGGAUCUUCAGCUGCUGAAUGAGCAAAUCGGUCCACAAAGAGAGCCUGGGGUCAAUCAUGAAAUGCGAGAUCGAGAAAAAUUACGAUCUGAUGCACUGAUUAAUGAAUUGAGCGAAUUAAGGAAGCAAGUUGAAGUCGGUGAUCAAGCUCUUCUCGAAAAGCAAAAACAGGUAGACUACCUGGAGAGGGCGAUUGGUACGAUCCAAUCUCGCUUCAACGUCCAAACAUUUCGCCAUGAUGUACAAGAUCAAGCGAUGGAUAAGAAAGUCAAGUUCGACGCAGAGCUAAUCAUUGCUCAAGCUGUAGAGAGCUGGAUCAGACAGGAAGAGACUAUACUUGGCUUAAAGAAGGAAGUGACAUCGCUCAAACAAGCUAGGGAAAGGAUCAAAGAGCUUGAUAUCCCGUCUUCUGCUCCUGAUGUGCGGAUACCCCCACCCCCACCUCCGCCACCUCCGCCACCGCCACCUCCUCUACCACUAGCUUCAGGUCAGGUUCCGGUCAGCUCGUCAGUACCACUUUUUGAUUACUUACGCGGAAAUUCUCAUCCACCACAGCCACCACCGCCACCACCACCGCCGCCGCCGCCGCCGCCGCCUCCUCUCCUGCAUGCAGUGAUGGUACAGGCUGUUCAAACUCCUCCACCCCCACCCCCUCCGCUGCCUUCACAAGUUAAGCCAUUGCCGGAUCCUCCAACUGCGAGCAUAUUGUCAUCUCCUCCUCCUCCUGCUCCUGCUCCUCCUCCCAGUCAUGGUCCUCCUAUGCCUCCGCCCCCUCCCCCUAUGGCAGAUCCUUCGGUAUGCAGGAGCCUACCUAAAUCGAGUCAACCCAAAUUGAAGCCGUUCUUCUGGUCGAAGCUGCCUUCUCAUGCUGUAAGAGAGACGAUCUGGAGCACUAUAUCUACAUUGCAUGACCAUGAUAUGGACAUGCUAGAUCUCCACGAGAUAUUCUCGGUUGACUCACAUCUGAAGAAGGCGGAGAAAAGAAAUGGGAAUUCGCCAGAGAUCAUUACGGUAUUAGAUAUCACUCGAUCGAACAACAUCGGUAUUAUGUUGCAGCGAUUGCGCUUAUCUCCUGCUAAGAUUCGAAUAGCGAUUCUCGAAGUCGAUGAUGAUUUACUAGACAUCGAUGAUCUUUCGAUGUUGAGUAGGAUGCUUCCUACGGCGGAUGAGAUUGAGCGUAUACGAACUUUCAGUGGAAACGCCACGAAAUUAUCCAAACCUGACCUGUACUUCAGAGAAAUAAGCAUGAUAUCGGAUUUGAAACACCGACUCGAGACUAUGGUUUUCAGACGGAGAUUCGAUUUGACAUUGAGUGAGAUCAUGCCUGAUCUCAUGGUAUUGAAAAAUGUGGCAAAGGAAUUGAGGGAGAGUGAAAAGCUAAGACAGGUUUUGAAGGUCGUACUCACUUUAGGCAACAAGCUCAAUGGAGGCACGUUUAGAGGAAACGCAGCUGGGUUUCAGCUCGAAGCUUUGCUAAAAAUGAGAGAUACUCGAACAUCUAAAGGGUCAGGCUGUCCUACGAUGUUACAUUAUCUAGCCAAAUUGUUGCUCAGGAGAGAUCCAGAACUGGUUGUUUGGGUGGACGAUAUUCCUUCUCUUGAACCAGCUGCAAGGAUUGUUUUGACGGAGCUCGCAAUGAAUAUAAACGAGAUAUCCAACUCCUUGUUAUCAUCUCAAAGUCUUUUACCGUCAUUGAAGCCGGAUGACGCUCUUCAGCCACUCCUUGCCUCAUUCAUAUCCUCGGCAUCUCCUAGAAUCGCUCAGCUGAAGACCAGUCACGAAGAACUCAAAGUGGCUUUAAUCAGUUUACUGAACUACUUUGGCGAGAAGAAUGAUUCAGAAUGUUCCGCUGAGAAUCUUUUUGGAUUGCUAUCAAGUUUUGCAAGAUCGUUAGAGAAGGCCGCAAGUGAGAUUAGUAUAAGUUUGUUGAAAGAGCAAAAUACAGGUACUAGCAUAGCUACUACUGCCACAUCCACGUCAACGACAAUGACAACAGCAGUAUCGACUCAGAGAAUGGGAGAACAAGUCUCUAUUCAUGUUGCUCAACCUUCGGACACAUCUUUCGCUUCAACUUCGACUGCUAGAUUGAAGCAACAGCCGUCGAUAGAGACACUGCUGAAACGUCAUGCGAGAUUAGCUACGACGAUCAGAAGAGGUGAUGUUGAUGAAGCUAUCAAGACAAUUCAUAGUGGUCUCAAGCGCCAAAACAGGCGAGAAGGCUCUUCGGCCGUUGGUACAUGGAGCACUUCAGGAUUAGGUGACUCAUCCAAGCACAAAAAAGGUAGGAAUGGAGGUAUUGUCGGAAGUAGGAGCGUCAGGGGAUAG